AUGAGGAGUCAUCUAAGGUUAGAAAGGGAAGCGCGUAACAGCCAUAUUCACCACUCACCUUGCAGCGGAGCGGAAAUGGCGUCAUCUCUUCGUGUCUGCCAAAAGCUACCCUCAAGCCUUGCAAAUGGAAUUGUCAACGCCCAUGCGAGGCGCCUUGUUCACACCGACAUCAAGUUCCCUGAUAUGUCUCAAUUUCGACGCGAUUCAACGUUGGAUAUCAACAAAGCCGCUCGAGAAUCUGAAGAUGAACGUCGUGCUUUUACACAUUCUAUAUUGUACGGAGCUGGCGGUGCGAUUUCAUUAUGGGCUGGGAAAGAGAUGCUUCAGACGAUGGUGUAUUACAAGAACAUGCCUGCUGAUACGUUGGCAAUUGCUACCACUCAAAUAGACACCAGUGAAAUCCCAGAAGGAGAAACGAGACGGUACAAUUUUCAAGGAAAACCUGUCUUUGUGAGGCAUCGCACACAGGAGGAGAUCGCAAAAGAAAAGGAUGUGAACAUAGCUAAUCUGCGUCAUCCGGAGCGCGACGACGAGCGUGUGCAAAGAGCCGGAUGGUCUGUAGUGAUGGGAAUCUGCCCUCAUCUAGGAUGCGUACCGAUACCGAAUGCAGGUGAUUAUAAUGGCUACUUCUGUCCAUGCCAUGGAGGCCACUUUGAUACAUCUGGUCGCAUAAGGAAGGGACCAUCCCCGUUAAAUCUUGAAUUUUCGAAGAUAAUCAAUUUCUUGAACCACCAGUGUUAAUUCGAGCAUUUCUUUGGUUCUUUA